AUGUACGUGGCGCUUGGCGAAAAAGAAAAAUGCCCUGCUUUAAUCAAUCGAAAGUGCGUACUCCUGCAACAAGACAACGCCAAACCUCACACCGCCAAACAAACGAAGGAAAAUAUCAAAACUCUCGACGCCAUUGAACUUUUUCCACAUCCAGCGUAUAAUCCGGACCUUGCGCCAUCCGACUUUCACCUUUUCCGUUCCAUGGCACACUUUCUGCGUGGUCGUAGCUUCAAUGAUCUGGACGAUGUUGAAAACGGGUGCCGCGAGUUUUUCGCCUCUAAGAACAAGGAGUGGUACCGCAGUGCGAUCGCACAACUUGCCGAUAGAUGGGUUCAAGCCAUAGAUUCAAAUGGCCUUUACUUCGAAACUUAG